GCCCCCGCCCCCGCCCCCGCCGCCAAACACCCAUCGCCAUGCGGCCACCGAGAGGUGGCGGAGGUUUCCGCGGACGCGGCGGCGACCAAGGUGGCCGCUUCGGUGGAGGCGGCCGCGGCAGGGGCCGCUUCGGUGGAGGCGGCGGCGGGUUCCGCGACGAGGGCCCUCCAGCCGAGGUCGUCGAGGUGUCGACGUUCCUGCACGCCUGCGAGGGGGACGCGGUAACGAAGCUGACGAACGAGAAAGUGCCCUACUUCAACGCGCCCAUAUACCUCCAGAACAAGACCCAGAUCGGCAAAGUCGACGAGAUCUUCGGCCCCAUCAACGAAUCAUAUUUCUCGGUCAAGAUGUUCGAGGGAGUCAUUGCAACAUCUUACAACGAAGGUGACAAGUUCUUCAUUGACCCCAUGAAGCUGCUGCCCCUCUCACGCUUCCUGCCGCAGCCAAAGGGCUCGACUCCAAGAGGUGGUGGUCGCGGUGGAAGAGGUGGUGGUCGCGGUGGAUUUGGUGGCCGUGGUGGAUUCCGUGGAAGAGGUGCACCAAGGGGUCGUGGACCUCCCAGGGGUGGAGGGCGUGGUUUCAGAGGACGAGGCAGAUUCUAGGAUGUAGUUUUAAGUUUGCUGUUUUUUGAAACAUGAUGCUCUACAUUAUCUCUUCAGCUGGAAACAUUAUGCUAAGUCAGCUGCCAGCGCACUUUGUGUGGAAGUUGAAUUCUCUGUGGAACAAAGUCUUUGUAUCUCUUCCGAAGUCAUGCAUUGAUUGUUAAACGCUUUUCCGUUA